CUUCAAAUCUCUGUUUUCGAGAGGUCUUAAACGCUUCACGGGUCACUUUUUUCUUCUUUUUUUUUUUUUUUUUAUCAAUGGGCGGAGCUUCAGGAAAAGGUGCAAUAGAAAAUUGUCAGGCCCGUGGUUUAAUUAAAGCAGUCAGGUCAGCAGCUGGGAGGCCUCCAGGAGCCAAGGGCAGAGUCCUGUUACCGCAGCGAUAGCAGCAUGGACGCGGUUCCAGGAUAAACUGUGGAUCCUUACGGCUGUCAAUGGUUUCCUGCCUUGGUGUUGAUCGGCCAGCUGCUUGUCUCAGACUGCAGGAGUCUCACUAACCAGCCCGGUGUUGGAAUAGCAGGACCGACCCUGUUAGCCAUGAUGUCUGAAAGUACGAGUGACGAGUGCGACCUUGUGAUGAACUACAGCGCCUCAGAGCGAUGCGCCUUCGUGAAGAGGACAGCCGACUGCAGCAUGGCAGAUGGCAUGGUGAACUACCUGAGAGUGGCCUUCUGCUUGCUGCCUCCAAACCUCACACCUCUCACCAUCACCCUCUGUGUCAUAUGGCUGCUCGUCCUGUUUGUCAUCCUUGGACUUGCUGCUUCCAAGUUUUUUUGCCCCAACCUCUCAGCAAUCUCCUCAACUCUUCACCUCUCUCACAAUGUGGCUGGUGUGACGUUCCUGGCGUUGGGUAAUGGAGCUCCAGACAUCUUCAGUGCCAUGGCAGCGAUCUCCCAUCCACAUACCGCUGGGCUGGCUGUCGGGGCUCUGUUUGGAGCCGGGAUAUUUGUUACCACAGUAGUGGCUGGAAGCGUUGCACUGGUCAAACCCUUUGCUGUAGCUUCCCGUCCGUUUCUACGUGAUGUCAUCUUCUACAUGGUUGCUGUGUUUUGGACCUUUCUCAUCCUCUACAGAGGCGUUACAACCUUGGGAGAAACACUGGGAUACAUGAGCCUCUAUGUGGUUUAUGUUCUGACCGUUAUUAUCAGUUCAUACAUCUAUAACCGGAGAAAAAACUCCGAUACAAACAGUGUCCAAAACGUUCCACAUAUUCCAGAGUUCAGCUCAUCAGACUCAUCUGAUGAAGACGUUCCAGGCUUGACAGGAGGAACGAUCCAGCAGGACUACGACUCUGAGUACAGGCCACUGCUGCCAUAUUCUGAGUCCACAAGUGAAAUCCUGAUGAGUUCGUUGAAUCCAGUGGACAGCAGGAAGUGGCGGAGGAAAUCAUGGACUUGGAGGCUCCUUAAAGUAGUGAAGACUCCUCUGGAGGUGCUGCUGCUGCUCUGUGUCCCUGUAGUGGACCUAGACAAGGAGGACAAAAACUGGAGGAGACCGUUAAACUGCCUCCAUUUGAUCACUGCUCCUCUGCUGUGUGUUCUUGUCUUUCAGUCUGGAGCAUAUGGCGAAGUCAUGAUUCAGGGGGAGUUUCCUAUCUGGUUGCUGACUCUCCUGCUGGGAAUGUUCUUGGCGGCUAUAGUUUUCUGUACCACAACCAACGACCAGCCUCCCAAAUAUCACCCAAUAUUUGCACUCCUGGGCUUUGUGGCGAGCGCAGUGUUGAUCAGCGCCACCGCCUCAGAGGUGGUCAGUCUUCUGCACAUGCUCGGUGUGGUGUUGAGCCUCAGCAACACGGUGCUGGGCUUGACUCUUCUGGCCUGGGGCAACAGCAUCGGAGACUGUUUCUCUGACAUCACAGUGGCUCGGCAGGGUUACCCACGCAUGGCCAUAGCUGCUUGCUUCGGAGGCAUUAUUUUCAACAUGCUGUUUGGAGUCGGGUUGGGAUGCCUGGCGCAGAUGUAUAAAACACAAUCUUCUGUUCAGUUUGGAUCUGAGGGCUUGUUGACGUGGAUUCUUGCAGGCUCUCUGGGCUUGUCCCUGGUCCUGUCCUUUCUCAUCGUUCCACUCAGCCAGUUCCAUCUGGGUCGGUCCUACGGCAUCUUCCUCCUCGUCUUCUACUUUGUAUUUCUUCUCAUUGCGCUUCUCACAGAGUUUGGAAAGAUCCACACCUGACCUUGUGAGAGACGGAAGAGUGCAGACCGAUGCAGUUAUCCCCUGCUUGAAACAAUACUGGAUAUUAACUGCGAUGCACUCACAUGCUUAACACAGACUCUCCUGUGUUUGGUCACUAAAACCAAGAGGUGAAAGACUUGAGGUGCUCAGCAAACCAAUCACACUGUGCCUUUUUAUCGUUCCCUCAUCCAUCUCUGGGAUAUUUUGAUAUUUACUCCAUGUUUUAAAAAAUGUCACACUUUUAAAUACUGUAAAUGUUCUGUGAUUUAAUGCAGUUGUUUAUUUUUCUAAAAAACCUCAGUUUUUAUGGGGGCUUUUGAAGAAAAAUGUUUUAAUUUAGUGUGAUUUUUAAAUUGCCACCUUGUUUGAAACACAGCAGCAAUGCACUCAGGGACUUCAUUGUAUGAAUACUUUUAUUAAAAUCUGUUGUUACUUUCAGGAA